GGACAAAUUUUCUUCAAAGUACAACAGCUCUGUAAGAUCUUUCAAAAGCAGCGUCGCACGCGUCCGCGGCCACGCCAUAAAUAAAUGCCCUCCUUACCUUUUUCUCUACGCGACUAUGUCACCCUUCCCGCUCAUUUCCCCGUCCCAGAAAUCCUCCGAAAUGGAUGUUGCCGUCGAUAACGGUCAUUUCUCCGGCGAGGAGUUGCCUAGAUCAGCUCUAAUAUUUCUCGGAACCGGAUGCUCGAGUGCCGUCCCGAACGCGAUGUGCCUGAUCCAGCCUUCUGAUCCUCCUUGUCCAGUCUGCGUUCAGGCAUUGAAGGUUCCGCCCGAGAAAAACCUUAAUUACAGGUGCAACACAUCUCUUCUUAUAGAUUAUUAUGAAAGCAAUGACAUACACAAAUAUAUAUUGAUUGACGUUGGAAAGACAUUCAGGGAGCAAGUGCUUCGUUGGUUCACCUUCCAUAAGAUUCCUCAAGUGGAUUCUAUAAUUUUGACUCAUGAACAUGCUGAUGCAGUUCUUGGUCUGGAUGAUAUACGUGCCGUGCAACCAUAUAGUCCUACCAAUGAUAUCAGUCCUACUCCCAUUUACCUUACUCAGCAUUCAAUGCAUAGCAUUACUGAAAAAUUUCCAUACUUGGUCAAGAAGAAACUUAAAGAAGGUCAAGAAGUGAGACGGGUAGCACAGUUUGACUGGAAGAUAAUUGAGAACAACAGUGAGAAAUCAUUUGUUGCAUCAAGCCUCAAAUUUGUUCCUUUGCCAGUGAUGCAUGGGGAAGAUUAUGUUUCACUGGGUUUUCUUUUUGGUGAAAAAUGUAGGGUAGCUUAUAUAUCUGAUGUUUCACGGUUUCCUGCAACUACCGAAUAUGUUAUUUCAAAAACUGGAGCUGGACAGUUGGAUCUUCUUAUUCUGGAUACACUCUAUAAGAAUGGAUCCCAUAAUACUCAUUUUUGCUUCCCUCAGUCUCUUGAAGCUGUGAAGAGAAUAUGCCCAAGGAGAGCUCUGUUUAUCGGAAUGACUCAUGAGUUUGAUCACCACAAGGACAAUGAGUUUCUCAUGGAAUGGUCUAGGAGGAGAAUAUAUAGAUGUGCAUCAAUAAUGGCUGGAAACACAGCAUAUACUGUUCAUUCCUUAUAUUUAAUGCUGGUGGCGUCAAAUAAACCAUCCUUUCAGCCCUUUUGAUUCCAGGGGUUGAAAAAUGAUACAAGUGGCUGAUGACUACCACGACGCAGAUUGUGAGAUAACUUGGAAAACUUUGGCAUUGGAGUCCCCUGACCUUAUACCCUGCCUAAAACUGUACUGUGCAAUUAUUUACAUGCAUAUAUACCUACAUACAUAUAUAUAUAUUUUUGAUGUUGUACCAUUGAAGAACAUUGUUGACCAGCUGUGCAAUAUUUUUGUUGAGCUAUUAAUCUGUCUCGAUUUUCAA